AUGACUUCACCGAAAGCUCAAACAAAGCAUCCCCCCGUUAUCCAGAAGCUCGAACGCUUAGGAGACCGCUCGUGGAGGAGAGAUUCGAUGCUAUACUCCCUGACCUCCUUCCUAUGGAAGCAGCCUUCGCUGCAAGCAGUAGAUACCCGCCAUCAUACCGUGUGGUUGUUCGAUAAUACCGCUUAUCUACGCGCGACCCCCGUUGCUAAGGGGCAGAAGGAAUCGUGGCACGCGGAAGUCGUGGCUUGCGUUUUUCGAAGGGACAGCCGGAAGGAUAUGAGUAAGAUCGUUGCCAUGAUUGCGGACCUCAUUGGCCUCGACGGAGAAAUAGGCACUGAAAGGGAGAUACGUCACCAAAUAGCGCGACGGUUACAACCUUUCCUAUAUCACGUUAUGCCUGCACAUUUGAUGAUGCUCGAGAUUCCUCAACCGAAUAGCACUACAAUCAUCCAGCAACUUGGUCCCACAAACAGCAAUGGCAUCAGCAGUCAGGUGGUGAAUAUGGGAGGCGGUCGCAUUGCAGAUGGGAAUAUUGUGCGCUCGUAUCUCCGUGGCUCGAGAGGCAAUAUCGCAAUGCAAACCUACUUCGCUGGCCCGAAAGGUUGGCUCGUGAUAUCGGACAUCGACGAUACCAUCAAGUAUACCAAAACCUCCGAGUCUACUGGAAUUCUUCGAACAACCUUUGUCGAAGAGCCGAGGCCUAUUGCUGGAAUGCCUGAGCUGUAUUCUCACAUGCACAGGGAACUUGCACCAGCAUGGUUCUAUGUAUCUGCUUCGCCGUACAACCUAUAUCCAUUCUUGCGAACGUUUAUUCAUACGCAUUUCAAUCCUGGGACCCUAAUUCUCAGAGAUUCCUCAUGGCUGGAUGUCAGUGAACUGGUCAAGUCAUUCACAGUAAAUACCAUGGAAUACAAGGAUCCGGAAGCAUACGCGGAGAUCUAUAAGAGGCACCCGCACUGGAUCCGUGCUAUUUGGAUCAGGAAAGUCACUGAUGUCCCACAUCUAGAAGAUCAAAAUUCUCCGGAGAGGUUCGAGGCAGCUUUCGAGGAUGUUCCCGACCGAGUAUGGAAGGUGUUUGAACAACCUGAAGCAGUGUUCGACUUCCCAGCGAAGCCCUUUUCUACCACAAUGGACGAGCAGACGUUCGUCCCGAAGACUAUGAGAGCCCUAUAUCACCGACCGGCUUCUACUGCCAUCACCGAUCAGACAGCUUUGGAUGCGCCCAGGGUGGAUUCGGGGAUUAUCUUCGACACGGACUUCCCAGUACCGAAGCCAGCAGCAAAUCAGUACCUCAUUAAGAUUCAAACAGCUGCUUUCUCUCAUGACGGACUAAGACUCGCUCGAAGCCUUCAUCCGUCGAAAUCAAUCCCUCAGAUUCCCCUGCACAACUAUUGUGGCAUAGUCAUCAGCACUCCCACCGAAGAUCACGAUAAACCAGAUGGCCCAAAAUUCAAAGUCGCCGACACUGUCUUUGGGCUCAUUAGCAACACCCGCGACGGCGCCGCGGCAGACUAUAUAGUCGCAACCGAAGAUGAGAUCGCGUUGAAGCCGAAGAACAUCAGCGCCGCCGAGGCAUCUACCAUCCCUGGACCUGCUCUCACAGCAUGGCAGGCUUUGUUCACAUACGGGGGCCUCGACCCCAGCGACGCGCGUCGUAAGCUGCGCGUUCUGGUGACUAACGCCCGUGACAACGAAGUCGCUGCCCAGGCGCUCCAACUGCUUCGGGCUCGAUCUCUAUUUCCACACCACCGGCCAUGGAUCUGCACCACCUGCUCAUGCCCGGAACACGACGACUUUCUGCGCGAUCAUGUCAAAGUGGACGAGGUUAUCGACGCCGCGCUCCCCUUACCACAAGACUUCGAUCUCGCCGAGAUUUUCCGCAAGAACAAAUGGGAUCCAGUCGACGUCAUCCUCGACUGCGCCGGAGAACAGAUGUUCAGCCUCGCCCACUCAUCCGACGUCGUCAAAAACAACGGUGUCGUCCUGACCGCCGUAGAUGACACAGCAGUACAGCCCCAAAAUGCUGACAGGGAAGCCCAGACCCAGAAACACGGCCUGUUCAGUCGAUUCGUUGCCUUGAAACCGGACGGUAAAGCCCUAGCUCGUAUUGCAGAACUGGUCGAAGAGGGUUCCAUCCGUGGCCGGGUCCAGAGUAUCGUGGAUCUGGCCCAUGGGGUGGAUGUCCUAGCGGCUGAGGCAGCUGGCGCCGGUGGAGGCAGGAGAGGAGGAAUGAUGGUCUUCCGGGUGAAUAUUUGA